GAGGGAGAGAGAGAGAGAGAGAGAAUGAAGCCACCACCAUCAACAGUAUUCCCAGUCUUGUUCUGUCUUUUCAUCAUCUUCUUCUUCUGUAUCCUCAUCUCAGCAGAUAUAUCUCCUGGUUCAACCCUCUAUGCUUCAAACCCUAACCAAACUUGGAAUUCCCCAAACACCACCUUCUCUUUCGGCUUCAUCUCCUCCGGCGGCGGCGCCGCCUUCUUCGCCGCCAUCACCUACAACGGCAUCCCCGUCUGGAUCGCCGGCGCCUCCGACCCCGGCGGCGGCGCCUCCGAUUCCUCCGCCUCCCUCCAAUUCCUCGUUGACGGCAACCUCCGCCUCGUCAACGGCUCCUCCUCCACCGCCGUCGUCUGGCAGUCCAACACCGCCGGCCACGGCGUCUCCUCCGCCGCCCUCCACGACUCAGGUAACUUCGUCCUCCGAAACGCCACCGUUUCUGUGUGGUCCACCUUCGAUAACCCUACUGAUACAAUCUUACCCUCACAAAACUUCACGGUUAACAAAGUAUUGCGAUCUGGGUUGUACUCUUGUAGUCUUCUUAGCUCUGGAAACUUAACUCUCCAAUGGAAUAACACUAUUCUGUACUGGAAUUUGGGUUUGAAUUUAUCAAUCAACAACAACGUUAGUUUAACAUCACCCAGUUUAGGGCUUCAAUCGAUUGGUAUAUUAUCGGUUUUCGAUCCGUCGAUUUCAAACCCUGUGAUCAUUGCUUAUAGCAGUGAUUAUGCUGAAGGAAGUGAUAUACUUAGGUUUUUGAGGAUUGAAAAUGAUGGGAAUUUGAGGAUUUAUAGCUCUGCUAGAGGUAGUGGAACAAUCACUGAGAGAUGGGCAGCUGUGAGUGAUCAAUGUCAAGUUUUUGGGUACUGUGGGAAUAUGGGUAUUUGUAGUUACAAUCAAUCCAAUCCGAUUUGUGGGUGUCCAUCACUGAAUUUUGAUCCGGUUGAUCCGAAUGAUGGUAGGAAAGGGUGCAAGAGGAAGGUAGAGAUUGCAGAUUGUCCUGGCAGCGCAACUAUGUUGGAAUUGGAUCAUGCAAUGUUAUUAACAUACGCUCCUGAGUUAGCUUCCCAAGUUUUCUUCGUGGGUAUAUCCGCGUGUAGGUUGAAUUGCCUAGUCAGUGGCUCUUGUAUUGCUUCGACCUCGUUGGCUGAUGGAACAGGGUUGUGCUACUUGAAAGUUCCAAAUUUUGUGAGCGGGUAUCAUUCGCCCGCUUGUGGCCCUGUCAUUGAAAACCCUACUCCUUCAGUUGGCAUUGCCGAGGGCAAAGGUUCAGGAUUGCAUGCAUGGAUAGUUGUCGUUGUGGUUAUAGGGACUAUUUUGGCCCCAAAUUUGGGGGUUAUUUUGGGUUUGGUUGUGUUGGAGGGUGGUUUGUGGUGGUGGUUUUGUAGAAACAGCCCCAAAUUUGGGGGUUUGUCGGCUCAAUAUGCCCUUCUUGAAUAUGCGUCCGGCGCACCAGUCCAGUUCUCGUACAACGAGCUACACCGUGCCACAAAGGGUUUCAAGGAGAAACUUGGAGCCGGAGGGUUUGGGACUGUUUACAGAGGUGUUCUUGCCAAUAGAGCUGUCGUUGCCGUGAAGCAACUCGAGGGAAUCGAGCAGGGGGAGAAACAGUUUCGAAUGGAGGUUGCAACUAUAAGUAGCACCCACCAUUUGAAUCUGGUCAGAUUGAUAGGAUUUUGCUCUGAAGGACGUCACAGGCUUUUGGUAUAUGAGUUCAUGAAAAAUGGGUCGCUCGAUAGUUUCCUCUUUACAACUGAAGAACAGUCGGAAAAAUUGUUGAAUUGGGAGUGUAGGUUUAGUGUAGCCCUAGGGACCGCGAAGGGUAUCACAUACCUUCACGAGGAGUGUCGAGACUGCAUCGUGCACUGUGACAUAAAGCCAGAAAACAUUCUUUUGGAUGAUAUUUACUAUGCCAAAGUAUCAGAUUUUGGGCUUGCAAAACUUGUAAAUCCAAAGGACCAUAGGUACCGAACAUUGACAAGUGUUAGGGGAACUAGAGGGUAUUUGGCACCAGAAUGGCUUGCAAAUUUGCCAAUAACAUCAAAAUCCGAUGUUUACAGUUAUGGUAUGGUUUUGUUGGAGAUAGUGAGUGGCAGAAGGAAUUUUGAAGUAUCUGCAGAUACAAAUGGGAAAAAGUUUUCUACCUGGGCUUAUGACGAGUUUGAAAGGGGAAAUGUGACGGGAAUUGUUGACAAAAGGCUUGCAGAUCAUGAGGUCAAUAUGGAGCAAGUGAUUAGGGCAAUUCGGGUGAGUUUUUGGUGCAUCCAAGAGCAACCAUCUCAAAGGCCGAUGAUGGGAAAAGUGGUGCAGAUGCUAGAAGGGAUUACUGAGAUAGACAAGCCUCCACCCCCCAAGGCGGUUGCUGAAACGCCUGUUAGCGGAACGAGUGUGAAUGUAAGCGGUGGUUUCAGUUCUCUCUCGACAUGCGUGGCCUCAGUCCCGGUUCCCUCUUCAUCGCCCUCCUUCCAAACAACACAACAAAUUUCAUCUCUUGUACUAGGUGAGCUGCCAACAAGAUCUGCUCCAGCCCGUUUGGAUUGAGUGAUUUGGAGAGAAAAGAAAAGAAAAGAAAGCAAAGCAAUUUAAUUACUUCUUUGAAACCUAUUGGGGGAUUGUAUCUUAUCAUUCUCAUUAUCAUGUAGUGUAGAAUUUUUUUCAA